GAAGACUAGCCCGGGACUGGAACGAGUGCGGUCGGUGUAGAUCUCUGGGAAAUCGGCUGAUACUUAAGACAUGAACAUUGAGAAGCUGUAGAUAUGACUUCAGCACCAGAAGACAAUUAUAUUAAUCAACAGAAAUACUUUGGAAUUGGAGGAGUGCAUGGUGACCUUCAUAUGUCAGCUGCAGUUUCAAAUGCAGCCAUGACUUUUGAUGGCUCUCAAAAUUUGAGUAAUCUUCUCAAAGCUAACUCUGAUAACUCCCGGUGGAAACCAGCAGAAGGCAGCAUAACCUGUUCCCAGAAUCAGAAGGAUGGUGAAGACGAUGAUGAUGUUGUUUUCAUUGAACCUUCCUUAUCUACAAAUUGUUCUGCAACCUCACAAUUAAACAAAAGCAAUGUCUCACUCGCAGUGUUUCAAAAUCCAGAAUCCAUAGGAAGUGAAAUGAAUCUAUCACUGCCACCAAUAGGAAAAGAUUUCGUGUCUUCGGUGGAGCCCAUCAUAAUUGAUGAUGAAGAAGAAGGAAAUCCUGAGCUAGGAAAAGUGGGCAGCGUUAGCACAUCUGGAAGAUGUGAUGAAAGAAAUGGAUUUGGUGAACCAACUGAAAUUGAUUUUUCAUCAUCUGACUUGGGCAGUCAAAAAGUUGGUUUACGUAAUAUUGAGGUCCAGUACGUUGAUAAUCAGAGUUUAUUUUGUACUUCAAGUCUGGAGAAUAACAAUUUAAAUUGGGAUGGUAGAACAGGAAUAAAGGAAGUUGAUUUGAAUGAAUGCCAUUCUUUACAUACAACUUUACUUUCAAAUCCCAGGAGAGAGAAUACUUUGUCAACAAAUGGUGGGGAAGCAUUAAAUCAUGGUAUAAGUACUGAGCCUGACUCUGAGAUACAGAUAACCUGUGUCACUACUUUAGAUGCCAGUUCAAAGCCAGUCAUAAGUGAACCACCAACACAGCGUUCUGGGGGGAUGGAUUUAGAUUUAAUGAUUUGCAAUGUAACAUCUCUUCAAGAUCAGAAAUUUGAAGGUGUAGAUGAAGGAGUUCAGAAACAAGCUUUUCAAACUGGCAUGGGAGCUUCUAACUCGGAUAAUAUUAUGGAAGGUGCUGGAGAUGGAUUUCUGAAUGGAGAGUCUGUUCUUUUGACGUCGCAACACAAACUUGGUAACAUGCAAAAUAUUUUACCCAAGACUUCUAUCCGAUCUCAGGAAAUGGCUGAAGAUUCAGAAAGAAAAAGGAGCAACCCUAAGGUAAACAAUGGAACCUCUGAAGAUAUAACAAUGAAUGACAUAAGGAUUAGUGAAGUGUAUGGAUCUUCAAGCCAUCCUGUUAAUGAUUCGUGGUUAUCACUGCCAUCCUCAUUGCCUACAAAUCGUAAACUGAAUGUUUCAGAUUCUGUUGUGCCUAUGGCGCCACUUUCAAAACCAGUCUUCCAGUCCUCUGGACUUCAGCAACAACCUAAGCCAUCUGUGAAAGUCAUUUGUGCUCACUGCAAAAAGCCAUUACAGAAAGGUCAAACGGCAUACCAGAGAAAAGGCUCAUCUUACCUCUUCUGCUCUACUACUUGCUUAUCAUCGUUUUCUCACAAACCAGCUCCAAAGAAACUCUGUACUACUUGCAAAAAAGAGAUAACUAAUAUGAAGGGAACAAUUGUUGCACAAGUAGAUUCCAGUGAAACAUUCCAGGAAUUUUGUAGCACAUCCUGCUUAUCUUUUUAUGAAGAAAGACAAAAAGCUCCUGCACAUACAAGUCACGUUACCCAAGGAAAUUAUGGGAAAUGUACCAUUUGUGGAAAAAUGACUGAGAUUCGGCAUGAAGUGAGCUUUAAAAAUUUUGUCCACAAACUUUGCAGUGAUGGUUGUUUCAACAAAUAUAGACAAGCCAAUGGACUUAUAAUGAAUUGUUGUGAUCAGUGUGGGAUAUACUGUUAUAAUAAAGGAUCUGGAAGCCACUUUCUUUUCCAUGAUGGUCAUCACAAAAGAUUCUGUAGUACUAGAUGUCUCAAUGAUUUUAAACAGAAAAACAGCAAAAUAAUUCCCUGCACAGCAUGCAGAGCUCCAUGUAGAAGCUUUGAUAUGACUCAGAGUGUAGAAUCUGGUGGGAAUAUUGAAACAUACUGUUCAGUUGCAUGCAUGUCCAUGCACAAAUCGAGAUGCCCAAAACCAACAGGUAUGGGAUCUUGCCCCUUUUGUAAAAGAAGUGCUUUACCUCAAUAUCAAGCCACGAUGCCUGAUGGAAAACUAUACAACUUCUGCAGCUCUAGCUGCGUUGCUAAAUUUCAGUCCUACAGUGCACAGACAGCUACAAAUGGUCAGGUCAUAACAAAUGAAGUGCAGCUGAAAUGUAUCUACUGCAAGAAUGGAUUCAGUGCUAAGCCAGAACUAUUGGAAUGGGAGAAUAACGUAUUUCAGUUCUGCAGCAAAAUGUGCUGUGAGGAUUACAAGAAGCUGCAUUGUGUAGUGUCAUACUGUGAAUACUGUCAGGAAGAGAAAACUGUAUAUGAAACUGUGAAGUUCUCAGGAGUAAAGAAAACAUUCUGUAGUGAAGGCUGUAAGCUUCUAUACAAGCAAGACUUCGCAAAACGUUUGGGUCUGCGCUGCGUUACCUGCAGUUAUUGCUCACAGAUGUGUAAGCGAGCUGCAGCUAAAGAAAUUGAUGGAAAAGCAAGGGAUUUUUGUAGUGAUGACUGUUGCAAAAGAUUUAUAGACUGGUACUUUAAGGCUGCAAGAUGUGACUGCUGUAAAGCUCAGAGAGAGCUGUGUGAAACAGUUCAGUGGCGGGGAGAAAUGAAGCAUUUUUGUAAUCAGCAAUGCCUUCUGCAAUUUUAUAGUCAGCAGAAUGAACCUAACAUGUUUACACAAAAAGGUCCUGAGAACAUGAAUGUGGUUUCAGAUCAAACUGUUCAGACCCAAGUUUUUAAAGUUUCAGCUUCUAAUCAGACAUUGACACCUUCACCAACACCUGUAAAGGAGCUGAAAAAUAAAGCAUUGCUGUGCAAACCUUUGACCCAAACAAAGGCCACUUACUGUAAACCUCAUAUGCAGUCAAAAUCCUGUCAAACAGAGGAUGAUUGGAAGCCUCAAUUGGUUCCUGUACCUAUCCCUGUGCCAGUCUAUAUCCCAGUGCCUAUGCACAUGUAUUGUAACAACUAUCCAGUACCAAUUUCUAUGCCUAUUCCGGUACCUGUUCCAGUAUUUCUACCUACUACCCUAGAGAAUGCUGAGAAGAUAGUCGAAACAAUAGAGGAUCUAAAGAGGAAGGUACCUUCAAACCCCAUUGAAGCCGACAUACUUGCUAUGGCAGAAAUGAUUGCUGAAGCAGAAAGGAAUCCUGUAUCCAUGGAACUUUGUGGUAUUGACAACGAUGAGAAUGGUGAAAGUUUCUUGGAUGUUUUUGGGACCAUUAAAGAUGAUCUGGAAGAGCAACCCAAUAUGCCUGGUAAUCAAUAUGAACUUGGACUGGACCUAGAGAUUGAUUUUCCAAGAACUGCAGAAGAGUUGGAUACUGAGGGUGAUUAUCUGUUACCUCCAGUUUUUGGGGAAGAAUAUGAAGAGCAACCCAGACCUCAAUCUAGAAGAAAGGGUACAAAGCAAAAGGCACUUUCUGAUAAUCAUUCCCAAGAUGGCAGCAUCUCCACUCCUGAGAUUGGAUUCACAUUAAGUUAUAUUUAUGGUAUAAAUGCAUGGAAGCAUUGGGCUCUAACCAAGAAAGUCAAGAGUGAAGAUACAGUCAAAGUAGAUGGAUAUAACUCUGCUUUAUUGGCAAAGUCAACACAGUUUAAAGAGGACUUAUUGUCAUGUACAGCAGCAGAACUUGAUAGUGGAUUGGCUGAGUUUGUAAAGGAAGUUCGAAGGCCAAAUGGAGAACGCUAUGCACCUGAUAGUCUAUAUUAUCUAUGUCUUGGAAUUCAACAGUACCUCUAUGAAAAUAAUAGGAAUGAAAACAUAUUUAGUGACCCCUGUUACCAAGCCUUUAAUGAAGAAUUCAACACAAUCUUGAGAAGUUGGCGACCAAGCAUACUGCCAAACGGAUCAAUAUUUUCACGAGUUGAAGAGGAUUAUCUAUGGAACAGCAAGCAGCUUGGGCCACAAUCACCAUUUGUACUUCUUAAUACUUUGCUCUAUUUUAACACUAAACACUUUGGAUUAAGGACCAUUGAGCAGCAUUUGAGACUUUCCUUUGGAAAUGUUGUCAAGAAAUGGAAUAAAAACUCUGACAAUACAGUAUGCAUUCGAUAUGAGGUACCUGCUUUGUGUACAAAUGACAAUCAAGACAAAAUUACACCAGGAAAGCGAAAACGCGAGGAGGAUGAACUUAUAUUUGAACAAAGAGAAAACGCAGCUAAUCCAUCAAGAUGUCCUGUAAAAAUGUUUGAGUGCUACCUCUCAAAGUGCCCUCCAAAUCUACAACAGAGAACCGACCUCUUUUAUCUACAGCCAGAACACUCCAGUGCCCCUGAUGGCCCGAUUUGGUUCUCCAAUAUCCCUUUGGACCGUAACGUCUUAGAAAAUAUGCUUGUACGGAUUCUUGUGAUAAAGGACAUAUAUGAAGAAAAUGAAAGGGACAAUUCUGAAGUAGAUGAAGAUGAUGUUGAUUGAAAUUUCCCAUACAAUAGUGACACUGCAGUUGGGCAAAGAAUCAUGACAGUGUAUUGUCAGGCCACUAGAAUUUAAUACAGGAAAACAAUGAUGUGGAUUUCCUGGAACAACCCUCUAUAAUUGAGUUUUGUAGCAAUAUACCCAGAUGGGUAUUAUGUAAAUAACCCUAAAUGAGAGGAGAAUAGCAGAUGUUAGCAGUCUCCUUAGUGACUUUUAGGAUAUGUAUACUUCAAAACAACUGCUCUCUCAAGUUUUUUUUUUAAUUAUUUAUUGAAUUGGUUUGUUGUCAGAAUGUCAGAAAGCAUUUCCAUUUGUAACUUUUUACAUUACAAACUAAGGAUCUCAAAUGUGUUGUGUAAUUUUUUUUCUGAAUUUUAAGAAAUUUGCAUUAAAACAAACUACAGUGUUUUGGAAUUUCCCUUAAUAAGGAAGGGAUGGUUUUAAUGGGUGCUAUCUCCACCAGAUAGGUUUGCAUCUACGUAAUUAAUAUAGUCUUAGCACUAUAAAUCAAUUUAGAGCUAGCCUCCUGAUGGUUGUCCUUUCACAAAUGUACCAGUUGGUGGAGUUUUCACCACAGAUUCUGUAAGCAUUAAUUAUUUGUUACGCUGAUGGAUGGUGCAGUCUAUUUUAAUUCUCUGUAAAAUAACUGCUUUUAUGGAAAGAAGUCCUGAAAUAAAGAAUUAAGAGGAUUACUG